AUGGCGGAUUCCUCACCCUCAAGAUCCACUGUUUCAAAAAAUGCCCUUCUCCUGCUGAGGGUCUUAACCGUUGUCUUCCUUCUCAUUGCUCUCAUUCUCAUUGCCAUAGCCAGCGUUACUGACGACACAGGGACCAAAAUCAAGUUCAGUGAUUUCUACACUUAUCGAUAUAUGAUCUCGACCAUAAUCAUUGGAUUUGUGUAUAAUCUGCUGCAAAUGGGGUUUUCAAUCUUCACUGUGGUAUCAGGAAACCGUGUAUUAAGUGGUGAUGGAGGUUAUCUGUUUGAUUUCUUUGGUGACAAGAUCAUAUCGUACCUUCUGAUUUCUGGUUCUGCUGCUGGAUUUGGUUUGACCGUAGAGUUGAGUAGAGGUUCACCCUCCAACUCAUUUACUGACAAGGCAAGCGCUUCGGCCAGUCUUCUUCUGAUUGGAUUUAUGUUCACUGCCAUAGCAUCAACUUUCACUUCCUUUGCUUUGCCAAAGAAAACUGAUAAUUAG